AUGAGGCCUGCACCACUUCAACCAAAGACAGAGUUAAUCACAAGCAAUGCUUCUACGAAAAUCAAUAAGAAUUCUCGUUCAAUUAAGAAAUCUUCAUCAUCAGUGAACAAGCCACAACAGAGAAAACCGGUGAUAAUCUAUGCUCGUCCUCCCAGAAUCAUUCAUACUCAUGCCAGCGACUUCAAGGAAUUGGUGCAAAAGCUCACUGGACUCGAACGGUCGGACAUCGAAGACAAUUGUGCCCGCGCCAUUGGCCGCUACCUGCCACCCAUGGAGGGACCUCAGGUGGAAGACAAUGAAAGUUGCGGAUCGACGUCAUCGGUGAUCACGGAGGAUUUAGAUAGUCACAACUGUGUGAAUUCGCCGUCGACGCCACCAAUCGUAGAGGCUCCGGUGAUUUCCAUUUCCCUAAAGAAUUUUUCAGGUCUUGAAGUCCGAUUGGCUUUCCUCGAAUAA